GUAGGCUUGCCUUAACUACAGAGGAGCGCACGCUUCUGUUGAGGGGAAAAUCGCAAAUUGAAAAUCUCUGUGCUGUUGAAUAGAUACAAGAUAGAGGUUCAGCAUACCGUGUUGGGGCAAAACCAACUGACUGCACGUAUCCAGGCUGAGGAGGAGCUCCGUGGGAAGGGAUCUGCGAGGCUGCAAGCUGCCUUGAGUCAGUCAUCUCCCGCUGCUGGGAAAAGCAGCGAGCAGCCGGCCGAGUGAUACCGUUGAGAUGCUUCGAGCUGAUAGACUGAAAUUAACGGUCAGUUUUGGAGUACAGGGACUAGAGGGCAUCCCAUGAAAGUAGCUGGUGGCAGGCUCAAAACAAAAAGAGGAGCUUCUUUGCACAGCGUGUACCUGAGCUGUGGGACAUUCUUCUACAGAACGUUGUGGAUGCUAAAAGAGUGUUAGUCCUACCUUCCGACUAGCUGCAAGCCACAGGUACCUGUGCCACCAUCUGAUCAAAAUCUGGGAACUGAGCUAGGAAGCUAUGGAUGGGAGCUUUUAAUUGUCAUGAAGAACUUCAGCCAGUGCUGCACAUUUAUAGUCUUACCCUCAGGAUUGCAGAUACUUCUAACAGACUGAUAACAAUGGAACAGUGAUGGCGCAGACACAGCAGGAUUUUAUCAGUGGGAAGAUGCUGAUGGAUGAAAAUGCAUCUUGGCUCUCUAAUUUCUCCUCUGCUGCCUCCUCCUUUGUGAAAGGAGGUGGAAACUGGGCAGGGAUUGGCCUCCAGGAGGUGGUCAUUGGACUGAUACUUACCCUUAUUGACUUGACCACGCUCCUGGGAAACACAGUGGUCUUUAUCUGCCCUGUGGUGGAAAAGAGGCUGCGCACUGUCACCUAUAUGUUUAUCAUGUCUUUAGCCACGGCAGACUUCCUUGUAGCGUGUCUGGUCAUGCCGUUUAGUAUCAUUUAUGAGGUGACAGGGAUGUGGCUGUUUGGGAAGCUGUUCUGCAAGGUGUGGAUCUCCUUUGACGUCAUGUUCUGCACUGCGUCCAUCGUUACUUUGUGCUUUAUUAGCUUGGACAGAUACUGCUCCGUGGUGACCCCUUACCACUAUUCAAGAAGGAUGUCUCGUGGCAGAUGCAUUGUAAUGACCUGCAUGGUUUGGGUAUACUCCUCCCUCAUUUCCUUCCUUCCCGUCAUGCAAGGCUGGAACGAGAUCCCUGGGGUCGAUUUCGAUGCAGGCAGAGAAUGCAUCUUUGUCACCAACUGGAUUUUCGCCAUUGUAGCUUCUGCCCUUGCAUUUUUUGUCCCUUUCAUGGUCAUGUGCAGCAUGUAUUUCUUCAUUUACCGAGCUUCACGGCUCAAGGCCACACGGAUCAUGUCUCAGACUCUGGAGAUUCACUAUCACCCCAACAGCAAGCGGCAGAACCACCUGCAGCUGGAGAACAAAGCCACGCGGACCAUUAGCAUUAUCAUUUCUGUCUUUGUGCUGUGCUGGCUGCCGUACUUUGUCCUGAAUGUUUGGCUGGCUGCCAGAGGUGCCGAUGCCACUAGCACGGUCUUGGUUGACACCUUCAAGAUCAUCACUUGGUUAGGUUAUUGCAACUCCACUAUCAACCCAAUGCUCUAUGCUUUCCUGAACCGGGACUUCCAGCGGGCCCUGAAGAAGCUGCUCAUUUGCAGGCACAGGUCUCAAGUGGACAUUGGAGAAGACAUGGUUUCAAUAGCCACGUUUUCCAAGACUGCUCCAGACUUAGAAUAUAACAUGAUGAUGCCGGUGCCUAACGGUGCUCUGAAGGGCAAACCCAAGCAAUAGGGAUUCAGGAUCAGUUGCUAGAGGUUGUGGUGUAAACAGUGCAAGAGCACAUCCGAAUGGAAGAGUAAUGGGUAAGAAAGUAGCGGAAGGAGAGGUUGGAACGGGGAGCUGUUCGUUACAGCUGGGGGCAUACAACAAGAUAUUUCUUCAUCUUCCGUGGUGUUUUGAAUGAGGAACUCUGCUGUUUUGGGUGCAAUUUGUUUUAACUACUGAAGAUAGUUUCUUUCUUGCUAUUAAGUUUUUUAAUGAAUAUUUCUUAAGAUGAAUUCAAACUUCAUGCUGGAAAAAAAAUCAGUUUGAUAAUGUGAACUUGUCUUACUCUGCUUAUAGCCUGGUGAUCUCCCAGAACUGAAGAUGGGACAUUAUUCUUUCAGAUUAGGUCACUGUAGUUCUCAUCUCGCAGCCUACAUCACAAGUUCGGCAAAUUGUAAUAGGUUCACUUGUGUCAGUCUGUGAACAGGGGUUGGAAGGAUGUGGUCAAAGAGUAGAGUUAACUCCUGCAGAAAGCCCGUGUGUGCUGAGAGCUUGUGCAGUCUGCGCAGGGUUCAGCUAACAUGCUCGCUUCUGAAAUACAGAGGGGCUUAGUGUUUUCAAGCUUCAGACUUGGUGUUUGAUGGUAUAAGAUUGGUUCAGCAUCAGGAAGGAAAGGGUAGGAGAAAUACUCUACACGGUUUUUCUUUGGAUGCCUUUGUAAAAUCUAAGACCAUUGCUUCAGUGUUUUCUGUGAAUUAUCUAUGACAAGUCUCCUUAGUCCCUAUUUAUUCUGGAAAGGGACCUUAUGUCUUAGACCCCACUGGAGAUGAGCAAGGCUUGCUGAAACAUUUCUCUAGAGCACCAACUACCCAAGGAGCUCAAAAGAGGUUACAGGUGACUGACACCAGCCAAAUAGCAGAUGUGACAAGGUGUUACUGCUUAAGUGUAAGUAUUUUUUGUGCUGUGGUGUCUGUACAUUGAUGCUGUGAGUGUAACCAUAUAGAGUAUUGCUGGACCACACAGCCAUUAAAAAAAGGAUGAUAAAUAUCCUUGCUUCUUACUACUAAAAUCCCAGCAACGAUUUAUGGACUUCAAGCAGAAAGUAUAGAAGGGCAGGUCAUGAAUGUACAUAUCUGGUCAGCCUGUUUCAAACAGGUACGUGCUUGUUCUUAUCAUUCCUGAGUGCUUCACUGGACUUCAAACAGCGACUCCACAGGACUGGUUCCCUGGAGGAUGACGCUGGAAAGGCAGGACUGCACCUGAACAUCUCUGCAAGUAUCUAACACCGGGCAAAAGCAGGAACUGAACUGCCAGAAGCACCUCAGAAAACUUGAGGACCACAGAUUUUCUGUUGCAGUCACAGGAGGGCUGGUGAGCGCUCAGAUCACAGCCAUCGCUGCCCCCUCUGCACGUUUCAGGUACAGGCUCAUGCUGGUUAACAUGUUAGAGUCACUGCACCGAGAUCCUGUUCUUACAUCGCUCUUCUGCGGACAUGAAACACUUCAAAGAUGGUUUCUAGAAUGGCUUUUUUCUGGUCAGUAUAUUCUGAGUGUUUACUUGCCCCAUGUUGGACAGGCAAGGCUGCUGCAGCCCAGGAAGCCAAGCACAGCCGAGCGAUACCCUGGCCAAUAUGUAAUGCUGAAACCCCGGAGUGAGGCACUUGGCGGGGUGAAGAAUGUCACUUUAUUAAGAAGAAGAGAGGGGCAAGUUAGUCAAAGGCCUGAGUCCUUCCACUUCUAGCACAAUGGUAGCAUGGAGGAGGACAGACCUAAAAAAGGUGUAGCAGACUGCACGAAGCCGCUGUCUGAAGUUCCUCAGCUACUGAAGGCACAGGCACAAAGAGGCAGAAGUCCUUGCUCCUUAAGAACCUAGUUCGGCAGGAGAGGAAACAGCUCUGAUGCACAGUUGCAACGCUUGGUGCUCCUGGCAAAUGCAUCGUCAUGGAGUGUAUCGGCACUCCUAGCUCCUUCAGCUCCAGUAAAUACCUGGAAGGGGUAAGGAGGAUAACCAUGUGAUGCUUUCCUGGUUCCGGGAGGGCAUCAGUGGGAGACCAAAUGGGCCUGAAAGCAGACUAGGCAGUAUCCUUGCUCCUGACAGCCCACUCGUUUUGAUAAACGAGACAAGGAUUGGGUUCUAGUCCCAAGAGCUAUCCAAGCUGUCGGGGAGGGAGCAGAGGUAGAGGCACCAUAUUCUGCAUUGCAACGGUUCAGGACUCAAGUGCUUCUACCCUGUGUAGAAGAGCCUGAGCCCAGAACGCCCUUUUGCAGCUGGCAGCUGUAGUAGCCUGCGUUCAGGUGUCCCUCAGCAGAAAAGGAGUUGGCAGAAAGGCGCACACUGAUUUCCAUGGCCACAGGAAGACAAGAGACCUGAGGCAGCCUGACAGUUGUUUUCUAAAUUUCGCACAGCUGCUCCUAAAUUGAAAGGAGGCAAAUUAACUGGUGAGUGAAACAUCAGCUGUUCCUGCCAACAGGGCUGUAGACUGGCCUAAGUAAAAAGUGGGAGCUCAAGUACAGAGGUAGCACAGACCAUUGCAGCUAUUGUCUGUACAUAGUUAUCCUGAGACAAGCUUGCCCUUCCCUGCUUUCCAUUCCAGCGUGGUCACAGAGAGGACACAUACUAGA